AUGUAUUCUUAUGGCUCCUGCAUUGCCAGCUCGCCCGGUAGAAUCGUGGGUGGUGAAGUGACUACGAUCGACAGAUACCCAUCAAUAGUCCAAGUGGAGGCCUCAGGAAUUUUUACACAGACAUGGUCACAGGUGUGCGCCGCUAACAUCCUCAACUCCUUAUAUGUCCUAUCUGCUGCUCACUGCUUUGUUGGCAUAUUUUACCAGCCAUCAUUUCGCCGGAUCCGAGCUGGUUCCACUUUCCGCAAUACCGGCGGUAGCGUCAUUAACGUUGCUCAAGAAUUCAACCACCCGUCUUAUGGUACCCCUGGCAUGGGCAAUGACGGUGAUAUCACAGUGGUCCGUUUGGUUCAAAAUAUAAUAUACAAUCCUGUGAUCCAACCAGGCGCAAUCGUCCCUCAAGGUUUUCAAAUUCCCGAUAAUAUGCCUGUUGUUCAUGCUGGAUGGGGAACAACUUCGGAAGAUGGUCCGUCAUCCGAGCAGCUGCGUGACGUAACUAUUUACACAGUCAACAACGAUCUCUGCCGUGAACGCUACAUCGCCACUUUAAACCCUAACAUGGUCGUGACCCCUAACAUGAUCUGUGCUGGUAUACUCGAUGUCGGCGGUAAAGACGCCUGCCAGGGUGAUUCCGGCGGUCCUUUGUACUACUCUGAUGUUCUCGUUGGCGUCGUAUCUUGGGGUGAAGGAUGCGCAAACGCAACCUUCCCAGGCGUCAGUACGGCCGUAGGCUCAUACACAAACUGGAUUGUGUCUAUUGCCGUUUAAAUAUGACAAUGCAUUUGUGAAGAUCGUAAAAAUAAAAUAACAUUUAUGC